UAAAUUAACGAUUGAAAGUGUGGAGAUAAUGGGUACGUCCAGAUUUUCCAGAACAAGGAGGGCCGACAGGAAUUUAAGCAAUAUUAAUUCCACAGACUGAUACUACCCAUUUCACACCUACUUGUAGAGCUAUAAAAAUGGAAGGCAGGAUAUUUUCAAAAACAAAACAUCACAAAGAGAAAACUGCGUUGCUGCGAUGGCAAUGUUACCAUCAAAAUUGCUCUUCUUUUUUAGUCCUGUUUUCAUUCACCUCCUCGUUCUCACUAUGGCACAAACAAAUCUGCUUCAGCACUUUUGUAUAGAAAAUCAUGGUAACUUCAGUGCUAAUAGUGACUACAAAUCAAACCUCGAUCGCCUUAUCUCCUCCUUCUCUUCUGAUACAAAUAAUGAUUAUGGGUUUUACACUGGCUCCUUUGGCGAAAACAUCGACAAAGCUUAUGCAAUUUCGCUUUGUAGAGGAGAUAAAAAGCCUGAAACCUGCCGUAGUUGCAUUAAAAAUUCCAGCCAAGUGCUCUCACAACUUUGUCCGAACCAAAAGGAGGCCUAUAUUUGGUAUGAUGAUUGUAUGUUGAGGUAUGCAAACCAUACCAUUUUUAACAGUAUGGAAUUCGGUCCGUACUUUUGGAUGUACAGCCUGGUUAAUGUUACCGACGAAAAUGAGUUCAAUGAGGUGCUAAAUGCCUUGUUAGGCAGACUGAUAAAUUUUGCAGCGUUAGGUGAUUCACGAAGAAAAUUUGCAGCAGGAAAUGCGACAGCAGAAAAGUCUCAACAAACAAUGUAUGCACUUGUUCAGUGCACUCCUGAUUUGACUCAGCAGCAAUGCAGCGAUUGCCUGAAUCAAGCUAUCAAAUUGAUUCCAACAUGCUGUUCUAAGAGGCAAGGAGGGAGGGUGGUUUCACCUAGCUGUCACUUUCGAUACGAAAAGGACCCUUUCUAUGACCUUGCAAGCACUUCGCCACUGCCACCAUUACAAUCCUGCAUAUCAUUCUACCAGAUACAGAGGCAGGAAACAGAACCUAUGGCUUCUUCAAGAUUCCUUUUUUCAGUCUGUCUUCUUUUCAUGAAAGUUCUGGCUAAGGCACAGCAGCCAUCAGACCAGCCUGUAAUGUUAUAUAAAGACUGUGUAGGAAAGGGCAACUACACCACUAACAGUACUUACCAGGCAAAUCUCAAUCAACUCCUCACCUCUAUCUACACCAACACUGAAAUAAACAAUGGCUUUUACAAUUUUUCCUACGGCCAAGACGCCGACAUAGUGUAUUCAAUUGCACUUUGUAGACCGGAUAUCAGUCCUGAUGUCUGCCGUGUUUGCAUAAGAAAUGCUAGUGAUUUCUUGGUAAGACUCUGUCCAAACUUUGUGGAGGCAAUCGGAGGGUUAGAUAACUGUAUGGUACGCUACACUAACCGCUCCAUAUUUAAUCGCAUGGAGAAAGGACCUUAUUUUUGGGUGUAUGAUGAUCGAGUUAAUGUCUCUGAUGUAGUCGGGUUCAAUCAGUCACGGAUGACUUUGUUAGGUAGGCUGAGCGAUCAAGCAGCCGCAGGUGAUUCUCGUUACAAGUAUGCAAUGGAUCAAAUAGAUGUCCCGAAGAACUUUCAAAAAAUAUAUGCACUUGUACAGUGUACUCCUGAUUUAUCUGCUUCGGAAUGCAGGGAUUGCCUGUAUAAUGCUUCAGGACUUAUUCCACAGUGUUGUGAUGCAAGACAAGGAGGAAGAGUUAUUUAUCCAAGCUGUAAUUUUAGGUAUGAAAUAGACCGUUUCUAUGACCCUCCGACUAAUUCAAUCCCGCCACCACCAGAUUCAACUUCGAAUAAUACAGUUCCAUCACCACCAGCUUCAACUUCACAAGGAAAGAAGGGCAAGAAGAGGAAUGUCAUCAUCAUCAUUGUCAUUGUUCCAAUAGCUGUUUCUGUGAUUCUUAUAGUUUGCGUUUGCAUCUUCUUAAGAGCCAGGAAGCAGAAGGAGGAAGAGGAAGUUAAAGAUUUAUAUGAAAUGGAAGAUGUGGAAUUGUUCCAACUUGAUUUUGGCACUGUCAGAGAAGCAACAGGUAACUUCUCCGAGGAUAAUAAACUCGGACAAGGAGGAUUUGGCACCGUGUACAAAGGCACACUUGCUAAUGGACAAGAUAUAGCUGUAAAAAGGUUGUCUAGGACAUCUGGACAAGGAGAGCUAGAAUUCAAGAACGAGGUCAUGUUAGUUGCCAAGCUUCAGCAUCGGAAUCUGGUUAGACUCCUGGGUUUCUGCUUCGAGAAAGAAGAAAGGAUUCUUGUCUAUGAGUUUCUCCCCAACUCGAGCCUCAACAACUUGAUAUUUGAUCCAGUCAAGCGUGUACUUCUAGAUUGGGAAACCCUCUACAAAAUCAUUGAAGGCAUUGCAAGGGGUCUUCUUUAUCUACAUGAAGACUCUCGACUACGGAUUAUUCAUCGUGAUCUCAAAGCUGCUAAUAUUCUGCUAGAUGAGAACAUGAAUCCAAAAAUCUCAGAUUUUGGAAUGGCAAGAAUGUUUGUUAUGGAUCAAGCUCAAGAUAGCACGAGUAGAGUAGUUGGGACCUUCGGGUAUAUGGCUCCAGAAUAUGUUAUCCGUGGACAUUUCUCAGUUAAAUCAGAUGUAUAUAGCUUCGGUGUCUUAGUUUUAGAAAUUGUUAGUGGUCGAAAGAUUGGUGGCAGCGGCAUAGGAGACGAUGGAGAGGACCUUCUAACCUAUUCAUGGAGAAAAUGGAAUGAAGGGACACCUUUAGACAUGAUAGAUCCUACCUUGAAUAUUGGUCCAAGAAGUGAAAUUAUGAGAUGCAUCAACAUCGGAUUAGUUUGUGUUCAGGAAAAUGAAGCCCUCAGACCAACUAUGGCUCAAGUUUCUAUGAUGCUUAGUAACUACUCUGUCACUCUCGCAGCACCCUCAAAACCUGCAUUUUUUAUGCACGGAGAAACGUCGAUUCUGCCAUUGAUGAAUGCUUCAAUGUUAACUGAGUCGGAUGAAUCCAGAACUAAAUCUCCCCAGUGGUCUAACAAAGAGGUUUCCAUCUCUGAGAUAGACCUCGAUGACAUCCAAAGGUAAUGGGCAAGUUACUAAGCAUGUUGGUGGUGCAACUUUGCUUCAAAUUAAGUCACAUCAUAUUAUUCGUUUUGGUGGAAGCAGAAGCUGUGGUUUUUUUGUUGAACUUGAAGCCAAAUGCUGUGGUGCAAUAAGAAAAGAAUAAAAAAGAAGGACCAUGUUAGAUUUCCGGAUUGUUCAAUUAGGUCCUUCGUUAUAUUGCUAAUGCCUUAUAAUUAUUGUUCCUUUCUUAUUUUAAA